UCUGAAAUGGUCGAUGCACUGAGAAAUCCCUUCACUGAGACUUCGCCAUGUCAAAUGAUCGUCAUCUCACGUAUAAACACGAUAAAGUUGGUUACGUCGCAGUUCGUGACAAAUUACGAUUUUACGUCAAUUUAGAUUAAGAAAAAAGAUAUUUCUAUACUAUCUUGGCACCGCCUUGCGAAAUUCGUAAGAUGAACAGCAUGCAAGUUAGUACCAAAAUCGGUAAUAUGCUGUGGUAUGCUGGUAUGCCUUGACAUCGGAUGCAUUCAAACUGCAUUUCACAAUAAUCGUAGACAUCGCACCUAUACAAUGCACGUCUGUGAAUAAAUUGACUUAUGCAAACUCGUUUCGGUAUCUUAUCUAAAAAAUAAGAGAGAUCGCGGGGGAAUAAUUGCCGUUAGGAUUCUGAUUGUCGCACAGUCUAUUGGUGUGAGUGGUAGCAAUGGGAUCUACCGGUAGUUCUCUGUCAGUGCUAACGCAAGACAUUCUCGAGGAAUACACCAUUCUCACUUAUCUGAACAAAGCUGAGAUACUACACCUCUACAAACUAUUCAGUAAAUUGGAUAGGACUGGGCAGUUACAAAAUUUGGAAUUCAGGUUUCCACCAGAAUGCGUAGAAAGCUUGUUUCCCCAAAUUCAGUUCAACCCAUUCAAGGAUAGGAUAUUUAAAGUGUUUUCUUCAGAAAAAGAUGAAAAGUUAUCCUUUGAAGAUAUGCUAGAUUUAUGUUCAGUUAUGUCAAAUAAGUGCCCUGACAAAGUCAAAGCUUCAUGGGCGUUCAGAAUAUUAGAUUUUGAUGAAGACGAGUGUAUUGGAGAACAAGAUUUGAUGCUUGCGAUCAACAGACUGACUGGUGACGAAGGUGAAAUUCAUGCCGAACAACAGAAACACAUAAUAGAUAUACUACUCAAUGAAAUUGACAUUUCUUCUACCGGCAAAAUUGGACAACUGGAAUUUAUGCAUGCCGUAGGGAAAAUAUCCGAUUUUCCGAACUCAUUCUGUUUUAGACUGUAGACAUUUAAUUUUAUGUAUCAUAAGGUAUUGUAAAUAUAUUUUUUAUAAGUUAUUCAAGUAUGGACGUUUUAUGAAUAAUAAAUAUAUGUUUUAAUUAUAUGUUAA